GGAGGUUGAGCCAUUUCACGGCGCGGCUAAUGUUGCUCCGACCGGGAAAACGGCCGCCGCGGGACUCGAACGCAAUUAUUAACUGUGGGGGGAGAAAUUGAGCCGAGCCGCCAUAGAAAUUGUUCCAAGUCCGCGUUUGCUCCUCCUCGAUCUUUGUCAGCAUCAUCGCUCGAAGCAAUCAAUCAAUUGAUGACUCGCAUCUCGGCUCCGGCGUCUUUGGGAUUUCAACAGCCGCUGUCUCAUUCCUCAGCCGCUGGCCCUUUUGCGGGAGGCUUUCGCCGGAGGUAGUUUCAGGCCGUCGGGUGCGGUUUUCUGGAGCUCUUUCGAGGGUUUUUGAGGAAUUUGGCUGGUAAUUCUUGGGUUUGUCCAUGGCGUAAGGAGCUUUGGAGUUCUGGCAUUUUCUGGUUAGGGAUUGUCUCCGCCGGAAAUUUUUCCUUCUUCAGCUUCUUUUGAGUUCGAAGGUGGAUUUUUUCUGGGGGAUCUUUGUCCAAGACUGUAACUUGCUUACUGUUACUGGCAGCUGCUUGUGCUUUUCUGACCCUGGUGCACUUUUCUAGGGUUUUAAGAAGCUUCUGUUUAGCCACUAGAGGUAUUGCAUUAGUACUGGUGAGUUCAUGGGACCAGAAUAUGGGAUCGUUUCUUCUUACAACUUCGUGAGGUUUAACUACUGUUGCCUUAACGAACAGUUCUGGAGCUGGUUUUCUUAAUGCUAUUGGAUGGGUCUAAAGUUUUUAAUAGGGUUGGAGAUAUCUCCAUUUUCUUUUUCUUCCCCUCUCUGUGACUGGUGAUGAGAUUGCUGAAGUUGGUGCUGAGACGUUGUUAUAGUUAACUGAAUUUCGUACUUCAGUUGUUUAUUUCAAGUCAGAUUGUUUGAAUGGUUCCCCUGUCAAUGCGACCAAGGCAUAGUUUUCCUCUGCUGGGUGUUCAUGAACUAAUAUUAUUAAGCUGUGUGGUUUUGCAGUUUGCUAAGUUCAUUGUAAGUUCAUAGUGAGAAGCUUCAUGUUGAGAAAUAUGGAAUCAGAUAACAGUGAUACAGACGAGGAUGUUCCUCCGCAACUACAAAACCGAUUCCAAAGUGGUAUGCGACCUGCUGGGAAUGGAAGAGCAGCAAUGGCUGGGUCUGCUCCCAUGCCAAGGCAAAAUGAUAUGGAGAUUCAAAUUCACAAUAUCGAACAAGAAGCCUAUAGUGCAGUCCUUCGGGCAUUUAAAGCUCAAUCAGAUGCUAUUACUUGGGAAAAGGAGGGAUUAAUAACAGAACUCAGAAAGGAGUUGAGAGUGUCGGACGAGGAGCAUAGGGAACUGUUAUCCAGGGUCAAUAAUGACAACAUGAUUCGAAGGAUAAGGGAGUGGAGGAGAACUAGUGGGUCCCAAUCAGGGAUGCCGAGCGUUGCCCAGCCUGCCCAUGAUCGUGCCCCUAGUCCCUCGGUUUCUGGAUCACGCAAGAAACAGAAAACAUCACAGUCGGCUGCAUCAUUAGCCAUGGGUGCUCCUUCUCCUGCAUUGCACCAACCAAUGCAAGCAUCAACAUCAGCCCUAAGACGAGGGCCUCCCCCUCCACCUGGAUCAAGAAACAAGAAAUCCCAGCCAACCUUGCAGUACCCUCCUUCUAUCGGUAUGAAUGAAGGUGGAAGGACCCAGGUUGCUAACAGGAAUUCUGCCGGAGCAUUUUCAACCAAUGAGCCUGCAGCUCCUACAAGUCUAAAUCCAUUGGUUGGAAGAAAAGUUUGGACUCGGUGGCCUGAAGAUAAUAGCUUCUACGAGGCUCUUAUCACCGACUACAAACCAGAAGAAGGGACACAUGCUUUGGUGUAUGAUAUGAACACAAAGAAUGAAACAUGGGAAUGGGUCAACCUCAAAGAGAUACCCCCUGAAGACAUCAGGUGGGAGCAUGAGGAUGAAUCCAUUUUUGGUAAAGGCGACCGACCUGGACAUGGUCGGGGGAACAAGAAGCCCAUGAUGCGUGGUGGUUCUGCUGCUGCUGCUGGGCCUGGACGAGGUAGAGGGAACACUAAAGGUCCGAAAAGGGAGUUUCCUCUACCACAGAAUGGCACUGGGAAAAAGGCUUUGGGUGAUAUCGAGAUCCUUCACACUGAGACACUAAUCAAGGAGGUGGAAAAAGUUUUCGGCGCUAACCUUCCUGAUCCUACGGCUAUUGAGAAAGCGAAGAACGUGCUCAGAGAACAUGAACAAGCUCUUGUAGAUGCAAUUGCAAGGCUUGAAGAUGCUUCUAAUGGUAGGAUGGAGGGCGGCAGUUUCCCCAUGGGCGGUUGGAGCAAGAGCAAGGUUGGAGGAAACAGAUACAACAAUGAAUUUGGCGGCAGCGGUAGGGAGAGUAGUAGAGGUCCAGAUGGUCAGGGAGGGUAGAGUUUUCUUUUCCUUGUUUUUUGAGGGGUGAUGAUGAUGAUGAUGGUGAUCAGUUCUGUUUGUAGCAACCCAUCUGUGUAUGAUAGAAUGCUCUAAUCCUAAAAACUAGGCCAAAGUACAACAUGGCUGUUACUAACUUAAAAUAGCCUGUCGGAUGGUGAGAGUGUAGCCUUUUUGUUCAACACCCUUUUGUCAUGUAUAUUACCCUCAGCUGUAGUAGUACCCAAGUUGUGAUUUCCUCAGGUGUCUUAGAUUGUUUGUGUUUUUGCCAACGGAUUAGAGAAUGGAAGAAAAGGAUUUGCCUUUCUGUUUUUUACCCAGUUUAAGUUGGCUUGUGCUUUGAUGAGCUUUCUUACCUUCUUUUUGUGCUUUGCAGUUGAGGUAAAAUUGGUAACCUCUUUCCCGUUAGAACAAGA